AUGACCAGCAACAAAACGUCUGCCUCUCCUGCCUUCCAGGCCUUUGUCGAUGCCUCAGCCGGUGCAAUGGGUGCACUUUUUGCUGCUGUGCUGUUGUAUCCACUGGAUGUGGUAAAAACGCGUCGCCAAGUCGAUUUUAGCGACGACAAAGAGGCAAAUGCAAGUCUGGAUGCAAAAGUCCAAGUCAAAGCUCUGGCUUCGCGCAAGAAGAAGGCGCACAAUUCGAUGGUAGCUGUGUGGCUCAUUUACCGCCAUGAAGGCGUCGAAGGACUUUUUACUGGCCUCAGCUCCAAGAUUGUGCAUACUCUGUUGUCCAAUUUUGCCUAUUUCUAUUGGUACUCGGUCCUAAAGACUGCAGUAGAAAAGCACUUGAAAAAGCCUCUGACAACAGGGAUGAGCCUGCUCAUAGCUUCGACCGCUGGAGCAUUUAACAUGAUCAUGACACUACCGUUAGAGAUGAUAAACACGCGAGCACAGAUUCGGCCUACUGACACGGACAAGCGUCAUGCUGUAGAUGACAAGACGAUGAAGAAAUACAAUAUGUGGGGUAUCGCCAGGGACAUUUACGCUGAGAACGGGUUGACGUCAUUUUGGAAGGGGUUUGUCCCUUCGUUAGUGCUGGUCAGCAACCCAUCAAUCAACUACACCAUUUUCGACAGGCUCAAGUCCCAACUGCAGCUAUCCAAGAUGGCAGUAAGCAAGUCAAAGCGUGCCAGCUCUUUGACAGCACUCGAGGCUUUUGUUCUUGCUGCAAUUGCCAAGGCUGUGGCUACGAUCCUUACGUAUCCAGUCAUUCGCGCCAAGGUUCUAAUGCAAGCGCAGAAAGAACCGAUUGCUGAACGACAGAAGGAUCCAAGCAGCCAUCAUCAUGGUUCAGUGGGCAGCUCCAUGAUUCAGGUGCUCAAGCGCAUUGGCGAGUUGGAAGGAUUCAGUGGUUACUACAAGGGCUGUCCCGCGCAACUUGUGAACACAGUUCUCAAGAGUGCUCUCUUGGUUAUGACGAAGGAAGAGAUCACGAAGCAUACCAUGCGCGUGCUCUACCUACUGCACCGUCGUGCUGAUCUUUGA